AUGGACGCCUUUAUCAGCUUCACCAACCAGACCCAGGGCCAGGACCAACUCUUCAGAGCCACUAAGUACACAUGCAUGUUGCUUAGAUAUUUGUUAGAGCCUAAAGCUGACAAAGAGGAGGCUGUUAUGAAGCUCAAGAAACUGGAGUCCAGUGUGAGCUCUGGCCGUAAAUGGUUCAGACUAGGCAAUGUGGUACAUGCUGUACAGGCGACUCAGCAGAGCAUUCAUGCCACUGACCUGGUGCCCCGCGUAUGCCUAACAUUAGCCAGCCUGAACCUUGUGAUUUAUUUCAUCUGUGACCCCAUCAUCUUCGUGAGGAGUGCAGGGCUUGCCUCUGGCAUUAACAAAGAGAAAUGGUGAAUGUGGGCUGCACGCCAUUACUACUAUUCUCUUCUGCUGAGCCUGGUCAGGGAUCUGUAUGAAAUCUCCCUGCAGAUGGAACAGGUUGCACACGACAGGGCAAAGAGGGAGAAAUCACCAUCCCAGGAUCGUCUUGGGUAUAGCAUGGCUAAUGAGGAAACAGAAUGGCUCCAGUUCUUUCUUCUUCUCUUAUUCCGAUCUGUGAAGAAACAUCUUCCCUUGCUCCUGGACACAGUGAAGAACUUCUGUGAUAUCUUGAACCCUUUGGACCAGCUGGGGAUCUAUAAGUCCAAUCCUGGCAUCAUAGGCCUUGGAGGUCUCGUGUCCUCUAUAGCAGGCAUCAUCACUGUGGCGUAUCCUCAGAUGAAACUGAAGACCCACUGA